AUGGAUUCAGGAUUUUCGGCUCCCCAGUGGCUGUGCAAAGGAAUGAAAGGUCUGCAUCAAGCUGAGGUGGAAGGCUUGCAGGUCACCGUGCCUGAGAAGAAGAAGGUGGCCAUGUUGUUUCAGCCUGCUCUGCUUCGCUGCCAUUUCUCUACUUCUUCCACCCAACCAGCUGUGGUACAGUGGAGGUUUAAAUCUUACUGCCAGGACCGGGUGGGAGAAGCUUUGGGUAUGGCGACUUCUGGUUUACAAACGAUGAGCAAGAGGAACCUGGACUGGGAUCCCUAUCUGGACUGUGUGGACAGCAGGAGGACAGUCCGUGUCGUGGCCUCCAAACAAGGAUCUGCCGUCACUAUAGGGGACUUCUAUAAGGAAAGAGAUGUCAACAUUGUCCACGAUGCCGACCUUCAGAUUGGAAAGUUGAUGUGGGGAGACAGUGGGCUCUAUUACUGCCUUAUUAUCACACCGGAUGAUGUGGAGGGCAAGAAUGAAGAAUCGGUGGAGCUGCUUGUGCUUGGCAGGACAGGGCUGCUUGCUGAUCUCUUGCCCAGUUUUGCUGUGGAGAUUAUGCCAGAGUGGGUCUUCGUGGGUCUGGUGAUCCUGGGGGUUAUGGUGGGCAUCGGCUGGUGCCAGUGCUGCCCACACAGCUGCUGCUGUUACGUCCGCUGCCCCUGCUGUCCUGAGUCCUGCUGCUGUCCCCGGGCGUUGUAUGUAGCAGGCAAAGCAGCAAAAGCUGGGUACCCUCCUGCGGUCUCUUCCAUGCCAGGUCCAUACUACAUCCCCAGUGUUCCUGUAGGUGGUGUCCCGUCUCCUGCUGUGCUGAUGGAUAAGUCGCACCCGCCUCCCUUAGCCCCAAGCGACUCCAGCGGAGGAAGCCAAAAUGUGCGCAAAGGGAGCAGGAUCCAGACUGACAAGGAAAGGGACUCCAUGAAGGUGCUGUACUACGUCGAGAAAGAACUGGCUCAGUUUGACCCAGCUAGGAGGAUGCGAGAACGAUAUAACAACACCAUCUCUGAACUAAGCUCUUUGCAUGAAGAGGACUUGAACUUCCGACAGCCCUAUCGCCAGGUGCGAAGGAAACCUCUGCCUCCUGCAGGGGACCUGGAUGACGAUGCUGAGUACUGGGCAGGAGUGAUCGGUGGGGGAAGCACGUCAAGAUCACAGGCUAUCUCUGAUUACAGAGAUGAGCGGGACAGUUUCCGGCACAGCCAGCAGAGAUCCAAGUCGGAGAUGUUGUCCCGUAAGAGUUUCUCUGUGGGAGUGCCGGCCGUCUCUAUGGAUGAGCUGGCAGCCUUUGCAGAGUCCUACAGCCAGCGGACCCGGCGGGCGGACAGCCAGGAAACUCGGCGUUUUGAGCGGUCAGAGUCACACGGCGGCCGCAGCGGAGGGCUGCCCCACCAGGAUAGCUCCAUGGAGGAGUACUACACCAAGCGUAGCAGAGGAAACCGAGAGCUGCUGACGGACUCGGAUCGGGGCUGGUCAUACAGCCCACCCCGGAGACGGGCCCAUGAGGAGAAGCACCUGCCCAGGCUGGUGAGCCGGACACCUGGAGGGAGCCAGAAAUACGAUCACUCCUACCUCAGCAGCGUGUUGGAGAGGAAAUCCCGGAGCUACGAUGAGAGUGGUGACCAUAGUGAAACCCCCUCAAAGCUGAGCUCGCAGCCAAGCCAGAGAGGAGGGGGAACAUACUAUGCCUGGUCACCACCCUCUACCUACAAAGCCGAGAAGUCACAGCAGCAGCCGCAGCAGCCACCACCACCGCCUGAGCAGGAGGAAGGGGAGGACACCCUGCCCCCAUACAGCGAGAGGGAGCUGAGCCGAGGCCCUUCGUACAGGGCCAGGGAGCAGGCCUACCUCAACGCCUCUGACAAGAAGAGGAAAAAGGACCCCAAGAAAACAAAUGAUUUCCCAACGAGGAUGUCCCUUGUGGUUUGA